UUGCUAACUAAUCCCCAAUAAACAGACAUCAUCAAGGAAGAGGCACCAUUCUCUUAAGGAGAGAGAGGGAGAGCGAGAGAGAGAAGAAAAUGGAAGAGGAAGCACGCAACUUCAUCAACGUGUGGCUGGCGGUCCUCGCGUGCGUGUGCUACUGCUACUUCGUCUCCUCCAACCUCCCUCCGGGCAAGCUCAGGCUCUUCUCUCUCCUCCCCGUUUUCUCUCUCUUCGCCGCCCUCCCCCUCGGGCUCUCCACCGUCCUCCCCACCGGCGUCACCGCCUUCUUCGUCACCUGGCUUGCCUCCUUCAAGCUCCUCCUCUUCUCCUUCGGCAAAGGCCCCCUCUCCUCCACUCCCGGUUCUCAUCCCGACCCAUCGAAGUCCCUCUUCCUCUUCAUCCUCUUCACGUGCUUUCCCAUCAAAAUCAGGCAAACCCAAGACUACCCAUCUCCCCAAACCCCCAAAUUGCCCCUUAAUCUGCCCUUAAAAUUUCUCCUUUUCGGAAUCUCAAUCCUUGUGCAUGACCACAGGGACAAGUUGCUAUUGCAGGCGUACCCGAAGCUGGUUCUGCUUCUCUAUUCGUGCAUGCUUUAUCUCUACGUCGACAUGAUCUUGGGGCUAAGCAACGCCGCCGCUCGUGCCGUCCUCGGCGUCGAGCUCCAGAUGCCCUCCGACGAGCCCUACCUGUCCACGUCGCUCCAAGAUUUCUGGGGCAGGAGGUGGAACCUCACCGUGACCAACGCCCUGCGCCACACCGUGUACAAGCCCCUGAAGUCGUUCCUCGAACCGCGCUUGGGUGUCCCUUGGGGGGCAGCGGCGGUCAUGGCGGCGUUCCUCGUGUCCGGGCUGAUGCACGAGCUGCUGUACUACUACAUGAUACGCGCGAGGCCCACGUGGGAGGUGACGGGGUUCUUCGUGCUGCAGGGGGUGUGCGUGGUGGUGGAGGUGGCGGCGAAGGCGGCGGUGGGGGAGAGGUGGAGGCUGAGCAGGGCGGUGGCGACGCCGCUGACAGUGGGCUUCGUGGCGGCGACCGCCAUGUGGCUUUUCUUCCCGCAGCUGACCAGGAAUGGGGCGGACGUGAGGGCCAUUGACGAGUGCAAGGCUUUGGUGGAGUGGUUGAAGCCCAACUUUUGAGACGCGGUACGUGGCAUUCGGAGUCAAAUUAAAUGUAUCCCACGUGGUUCUACUAAAAACAUUUUCCUAAAAAAAAAAAAACAUUGGGUUCUUGGUCCCC